AUGAAGACCAGAAAAGGAGGAAGAUUUCAUUCCUCCUUUAAACUGAAACAAAAAGGCAUUCAAGUAACAGGAGAAUGGAAAACUGUGCCAAUCGACCCCAAUCUCUUUGCUGAUGAGGAGUUUAGAGAUAUAGUAUGCUUGGAAGAACUUACAGAAUAUAAACUAGUAAGUUCUUCUAAAGUGGGGAAAGUAAAAGAGAAAAAGAGAAAGGCUGAGAGUGUUUCAGAAGGUGGCAGUGAGGAGGAGGAAGAACCCAUCGUCCCUCCCAAAAAGAAAAAGAAAAAGAAAGAUUUGAGAAGCAAAUCUGAUAAAAGCGGUGAUCCUAAUGCAACAGAAAUUGAUGUGCUGAUUGAUAAAGAGUCAGAGUGUGAGGAGCAUGGACAUUUGGCUGAGAGCACUUCAAACACAAAAGAUGCUCCAAAGAAAAAGAAAAAGAAGGUAGCUGAAAAUAAGGUUUGUCAAGCUCAAGAAGCUCUUCCAUCAGUAACUACUUCUAAGAAAGUUAAAAACUGGACAACAGAAGCUUUAUCUGCCUCAGCUGAUCACAAAGCUGAUGUGUCUGCAUGGAAAGACCUGUUUGUACCUGAACCAGUGUUGCAGGCCUUGAGCUACCUGGGGUUUAGUGCUCCAACUCCUAUUCAAGCCUUAGCCUUGCCUUCUGCCAUCCGGGAUAAUAUGGAUGUUCUUGGUGCUGCAGAAACAGGAAGCGGCAAAACGCUUGCAUUUGCAAUUCCAAUGAUUCACUCUGUGCUGCAGUGGCAAAAAUCAAAUAGCUCAACAACCAGAAAUGACAGUGUUUCUAAAGAGUCCCAUCAGCAUCAGGAUGAAACAAGAUGGGAAAAUGAGGAUGAAGCAGAAAAACGAACCCAUCAGGAGUAUGAAGACGGGGGAGAUGAAGAUGAUGCAUCUCUCACAACAGGCUGUGUGAAGGUGCUGGAAAAUUUUGAAUUUGAUUCCGGCAACGAAGCACAUACUGUUGCCUCCCAUAAGAAGAGACUUCUUUUAGGACUGGUCCUCACUCCCACAAGAGAAUUAGCUGUACAAGUAAAACACCACAUUGAUGCAGUUGCAAAGUUUACAGGCAUUAGGACUGCAAUUCUGGUUGGAGGCAUGGCUGCACAGAAGCAAGAACGUGUACUGAACCGAAAGCCAGAAAUCGUAAUUGCAACCCCAGGCCGUCUGUGGGAGUUAGUUAAAGAGAGACACCCACAUCUUUCAAAUCUUCGGCAGCUCAGGUGCCUUGUGAUUGAUGAAGCAGACCGAAUGGUUGAGAAAGGUCACUUCUUAGAGCUGUCUCAGUUGCUGGAAAUCUUAAAUGAUUCACAGUAUAACCCUCAACGACAGACUUUUGUUUUUUCUGCCACUUUGACUUUAGUCCAUCAGACUCCCACAAGAGUUUUACAGAAAAAGAAUGCUAAGAAGAUGGACAAGAAGACCAAACUAGAAUUGUUAAUGGAAAAAAUAGGAAUAAAGGGCAAACCCAAAGUGAUAGACUUAACAAGGAAAGAGGCUACUGUGGAGACUCUGACAGAAACCAGAAUCCACUGUAACACAGACGAGAAGGACUAUUAUCUCUAUUACUUUCUUCUCCAGUAUCCAGGAAGAACAAUGGUCUUUGCAAAUAGCAUAGACUGUGUAAAACGCCUCAGUUCUCUCCUCACAAUCUUAAAUUGUGAUCCUCUUCCUUUGCAUGCCAACAUGCACCAAAAGCAAAGACUGAAAAACCUGGAAAGGUUUGCUGAGCGAGAGAGCUGUGUCCUCCUGACAACAGAUGUUGCAGCUCGUGGUCUUGAUAUUCCCAACGUGCAGCAUGUCAUCCACUACCAGGUCCCUCGUACUUCUGAGCUGUACGUACACAGAAGCGGCAGAACAGCGCGAGCUGCCAACGAAGGCCUCAGCCUAUUACUGGUUGGCCCAGAUGACUUGAUCAAUUUUAGGAAAAUUUAUAAAACAUUGGAGAAGAGUGAAGAGCUGCCAUUUUUCCCAGUUGAAGCCAAGUGCAUGACUGCUAUCAAG